AUGCCUUCUCCUUCCUCCUCACCUUCCGACCCGACUUCCCUCAAGUCCACCGCCAAGACAACGACGAUUCCUCCGCCGUACCAUCACCGGUUCUCCUUCCAUCUUCCACCACCGCCGCAAUUGAGUACCAGCCUCACCAUCGUGACUACCCACUUCCACCGCCUCCUCCUCUCCCCAUAG